AUGGAGUCGAGCGACUCCCUCGAAGCAUACAACGCCAGGUAUUGGGAAACCUUCAACGAGAUCCUAGAUUGCCCAACCAACCUGACAAUCACCCAAUAUAAGCAUGGACUCCCGGUCAGACAUAGACUAAGGGACUCGCUCACAAUGAAUCAACCAAUUUCCAUGGGGCAAUUGAUGCAACGCAUCAAUGAGCACAUCCGAGUAGAGGAUGAUGAAGCGGCAUCCACCGUGAAGGCAAAUCCGGUGGCAACGGACACAAGGGUGGCUGGGAAAGUACACGCGUUCGGACAGGAGACAAACCGUCCAAGUGACCGCGCAAGAGAGUCAGACCGUGGUCUAGAUCGUAGAAACUGGGGUAAAGGUCGCCGCAAUGACCGAGCAAAAUAUCCCCACGAUGACGCAACAGAUGCGAACAGAAAGUUGAACGCUCGAACGGGCAUCACCACAGUUUUUAAGAUUCCAAUCUACCGCAUACUAAGUGAAAUUCGCGACGAGGUUUACGUCCAGUUUCCCUUUAAGUUAGGCGAUGCGCAAAAGGGCUUCAAUCCGUGGUACCGCUACACAUUUCAUAGGGAGCGGGGGCACCGGACGGAGGACUAUUUGCCCUUAAAGCAACACUUUAAGGAGUUAGUCGCAGCCGGUCACUUGGACUGUUACAUCGAUAGGGGAGUAAGGGCCGCACACCACACCCCAGCUGAGCUGUGUGGUUCGGAUGAUCUAAAGGCACCCCUCCAAGGCAUAGUCAAUGUGAUCUACGGUAUAGUGGAGCCGGCACGGGUAUACAAGCUCUGA